AAUAGAAAGAGCGAUGCGAUGCGGUGAGGGCUCCGCGAGGCACGUGGUCUCAACAGCCAUGUCAGCACAGCAGCCAAGCAGCAACUACAUAUCAGUCUGGCGAACUGGCAUCAAGGGGGUGGCGAAGUGUCUUAAACGGAAUUCUUCUAUGCGUCCGAUGACAGAUAACCACUCGUACCGGCAGGCUGCCUUCGACUGCAUGAUCCCACCAUGAGGCCGCGCCUGCAUUGUCAGUCACCUAUGGAUGCAUAAAGGUCGCGCCUGCCCCUAAUAGUGGACCCAAAUACGACCUGUGGACAGUAUCAAAACUUGCCGACGCGCAUCAAGGCCACCAUGUCCGAUCCCCGACCGUCCAAGAACAAUGACCUCGAAAUGACGGUGCAGGAUGGCCCCACCCACGACGGCGUGUUUGGCGAGAUCACCGAUCAAGGCCCCAACUAUCGUAAUCUGGGCUUCCUAGGUACCGUCGUCCUCAUGAUGAAGACCGAGAUCGGCCUCGGCGUCCUCUCCAUCCCGACAGCCCUGGACAUCUUGGGCCUCGCGCCCGGCAUUGUCUGCCUAUGCGCCCUUGCCGCCAUUACAACAUGGUCCGAGUACGUCGUUGGCACCUUCAAGGCCAACCACCCGGGAGUUUACGCCAUCGACGACGUGGGGGCAUUGCUUUUCGGUCCCUGGGGUCGUGGUAUCCUGGCCGCGGUGUUCUGCCUCUACUGGAUCUUCGUCACCGGCUCGGGGAUCCUGGGCAUCUCCAUCGGCCUCAACGCGGUGUCCACGCACGGCGCCUGUACCGCCGUUUUCGUCGCCAUCGGGGCCCUCGUCGGAUUGCUCGGCAGCAGUGUGCGCACGCUGGGUCGCAUCACUUGGCUGGCUAGUAUCGGGCUGCCGUCGAUCCUCAUCGCUCUGGUCGUCGUCACCAUCGCCGUCGGCGUCCAGGACCGCCCGGCUUCUGCUCCCACGACCCGGGGCCCCUGGGUCUCGGACUACCAGAUCGUCGGCGAUCCCACCUUUCCUCAGGCUAUCACCGCAGUCGCCUCGCUUGUCUUCGCCUAUUCUGGGUCCUCGGGGUUCUUUUCCAUUGUGUCCGAGAUGCGUAACCCAUCCCAAUACACUCGUGCGUUGAUCGUCUGCAAAGUUGGCGUCACGCUGAUCUACGCAAUUAUCGGCUGCCUACUCUACUACUACUGCGGAUCGUACGUGGCGUCGCCGGCGCUGGGAUCCGCCGGUGGCACCGUGAAGAAGGUGUGCUAUGGAUUGGCGCUGCCGGGGUUGAUCGUGACGACAACGAUCGUGGCGCACAUUCCGUCCAAGUUCAUGUUUGUCCAUCUCCUCCGCGGCUCGCCCCAUCUCACCAACAGUUCCCCCACGCACUGGAUCACCUGGCUCGGGUGUACAGUUAGUGUUACGGUCAUUGCAUACAUAAUCGCCAGCGCCAUACCCUCCUUCGAUGCUCUAGUAUCGCUCAUCGGAGCCCUACUGGGUACGCUAACCUGUUUCCAGCCCAUGGCUUGCAUGUGGUUGUACGAUAACUGGCGCAGCGGGACGCGCGGGUCAAAAAGGUGGUGUUGCAUGGUGGCGUGGAGUAUCCUGGUCAUCGCGAUCGGGACAUUCCUAAUGGUCGCGGGCACGUACGGGUCUGUCGUUGCGGUAAUCGCAUCUUAUGAGACCUCAGGCGGGGGAGGGGCGUUUUCUUGUGCGGAUAACUCUAAUUCGGUGUAGUUUUGGGUUGCUUGAAUACUGUGGCGGAUGGAUAUGCUGGGAAUGCCACGCGGGUGUGGCUUUUCGGGUACCGUGGCCGAUUAAUUGACGUUGAGAAUGUCAUGC